GGGGGAAGGGGGCGGGGCUAAUCCUGUGGGACGCCCACAGUCUUGCUUUUUUCUUUUUUUCUUUUUUCUUUAUCAACUUGGAAAUCCGUAAAAAAAAAAAGAAAAAGAAAAAGAAAAAGGGACGAUGGCGAGAGGGAGCCGGGGCCUGAGAAAAGUGGCCGAGUGCAUCAAACAGUUACCGUCGACGGCCGGCCGAGAAAUACAGACCAGGAACAGCGUCAGAUACCUGUCGUCAUGCGGGAUCCUGAUGACCCGCGUGCCUCCGCUGCUGGGCGCGGCCGUGCCGAGGCCCGGGAUCAUGUCCUCCUCCCGUAGCUUCUUCAACCUGGUCGGUUCCUUCUCCAAGAGGAAGGAGUACUCGGAGAGACGCAUCAUCGGGUAUUCCAUGCCGGAGAUCUACGACGUGGUGGCCGGAGUGGAGAACUACCGCCUCUUCGUGCCCUGGUGCAAGAAGUCGGACGUGGUGUUCAAGCGGGCGGGAUUCUGCAAGGCCAAACUAGCCGUGGGCUUUCCACCCGUGAUGGAGAACUACACCUCUCUGGUCACUUCAGUGUGCCCCCACCUGGUCAAGGCGUCCUGUUCAGACGGGAAACUCUUCAACCACUUGGAGACGGUUUGGCGCUUCAGCCCCGGCCUCCCGGGAUACCCUCGUACGUGCACUGUGGAUUUUUCUAUCUCCUUCGAGUUCCGCUCCCUCCUCCAUUCCCAGCUGUCUCACGUCUUCUUCGACGAGGUGGUGAAGCAGAUGGUUUCGGCGUUCAUGCGCCGCGCCUCCGCGGUUCACGGCGCCGAGACGGCCAUCCCUCAGGAGCUCAUGUUCCACGAGGUUCACCACACGUAGCGCUGCCCGAUGCCGGAGGGGCGCAGUGCCUUUUUUUUUUUUUUUUUUUUUUCCCUCACAGCGACGACCAAGUUUAUUCUCAACCGUUUUCUUUUCUUUCCAUUAUCAGAACUAUGCAAUCUGUUAAGAUGCUGUCUAACCACCAUUUCUUUGGCGCACACUUUAACACACUGUUUUUAUUAUUUAAAAAGCUGCUUUAGGAGCACGUCUUCCAAAAAAAAAAAAAAAACACGAUUUCAGGAACUGUGAAUGUUGUAAUAUCGCCUGUUUGAAGUUGUCGGAGAGGUGGCAGCAUUUAAAAAAAAAAAGAUGUUUGUGUGAAGCUACCGGAUGUUGCAACAUCAGCAGUUUAAAUGACGUGAAAUGUUCCUUUUCUCUUUAUAAUAUAUAUAUAUAUAUAUAGAUAUAAUUUUUUGUUUGUACGUUUCUGUGCAUAUUUUAAGGACUGAAAAUAGUUUGGAUUUAAGCCAGUGGAGCCAUCUGGUGGGCGGGGCCUCGCGUGUCAAGGCGGUCAAGUUCUCGUCCCAGGUUCUACAUUAAUCUCCCCCUGAUCCUUAUACUCAGGUCAACACACACUUCCUGCUGACUCGCGUCUGAGGAUUAGACGGUAUUUUAGGAGAGCUCUAGACUCAGGUUUGGAGAACGUGACCGGCAAAAGAAACUAAAUGCUCACGGUUCAUUUCCAUCACGGAUUCAUCUGCCAAUUCUAAUUGUUUAGUGUAUGAAAUGUGGGGAGAUGGUUUCUAAUGUCUGUCCAAAACCUGAAGGUAUUUUUAAUUAACUGUGACCAAAGGAAGAAGAAAAAUAUCAAUAUGAGUCAUAUUUGACCAGUUGGAAGCAGAGAAUAUUUUGGAUAAAAUGAGUAAUCGAUGACAGUUGAUAGUUACAAUAGAGGACCUUGGAUCCACUGUUACAGAAGAAGAGUUGUUUUGUUGGCUGCAGCAGGACCAGCUCAUACCGAGGUCCAGAUGGUCUCAAAAAGAAAUCGAUGUUUAUUAAACUCAACACACCAACAGAGAUGCACACCUCGAGAAGGAUGCAGAACUUUUAUUUCCUUUCUCUUUCUCCUCCUUUUCAUGUUACUCAUAUUAAGCUCUCGUCAUUAUUAAGGGAACAAAGCUAAAUGAAAUGACAAAGUGUGCAAUAUCAAGUUUCAUUUAGGUGUUUUAAAAAAAAAAAAUGUAAAAAAAAGUUAAAUGCUCGGCAAACACCGUCGAUACAAAGGGGGGGCGUUAGCGGCUCACUGAGUGCCUACCGGCCGCAUAUCUCUCACAAUAUAAUCAUUUUAUCAUAUUUAUAUCUUUGUUUUAAAAGUGUAAAUAUUGGUUUGAUGGUCAACACAAGAAAGACUGCUUUUAAAGACAAUGUGUGUGUUUGUUUCACGGAGGGAGGGUGAGGACUCGUUGUGCAAAUGACGUGUGUGUUGAAGCUACCGCAUGAUAAACUAUUUUUUCAACAGAC